AUGAAGUUGGCUACUUCUCUGAUCGGAGCUUUCGUUGCACUUGCUCAAGUUGUCACCUCUGAAGCUGUGGUGGGCAAGGCCGAUGGUUUUGCAUACGGCGUCAUCAGCGGUGGAAAUGCUUCGCCUGAUUACCCUGCCGACAUUGAAGAGCUCAAGUCUAUGCUUACCGACGCCACCCCUCGUGUGAUUGUUCUCAAGAAGACUUACGACUUUACUCAAUCCGAGGGCACCAUCGUCGGCAAUGUUUGCUUGUCGUGGGGAGAUGCCCACUCUUGCCAGCAGAUCAUCCAAGACGACUGCGGCGAGACCCCGUCCAUGACUGCGAAGUGGUGGAAGGCUCCUACUCAACCUAUCGAUGUUGCCUCCCACAAGACCAUUCUUGGCGUAGGCAACAAGGGUGUCAUCAGAGGCAAGGGCUUGAGGUUCCGAGGUGGCGCUAGCAACAUCAUCGUGCAGAACAUUCAAGUGUCUGAUCUCAACAACAAGUAUGUUUGGGGAGGCGAUGCCAUUGGCUUUGAUGGAGCCGAUUUGAUUUGGAUUGACCAUGUUACUACACACAACCCUGGCCGCCAACACUACGUCUUCGGCUUCAAUCCCAGUACUCGUGUCACUCUUUCCAACAACUACAUCAACGGCAACUCAACAUACUCUACCAGCUGCGACAACUACCACUACUGGAACUUCGAGAUGGUUGGCACCGACGACCAGAUCACCAUGAAGAACAACUACAUGUACCGCACGGCUGGCCGCGCACCUGCUCUCAGCGGUGGUACUCUCCUUCACGCCGUCAACAACGUCUGGUCCGACAACGGUGGCCACUUGCUUGAAGGUGGUGACUCUAAAGCUCGUGGUAUCUUCGAAGGCAAUGUGUUCACCGACAUCAAUUCGAUGGUCGCAGACUACGCAGGUAGAUUGUUCGGAACUCCUGCUGGAAGUGAGAGCAAGUGCAAGUCCGCUCUCGGUCGCUCUUGCCAGACCAACUCUUACAAGCAGUCUUCAGGAAGCUUGGACUCUUACACCGACACUUCCUUCUUUGGCGACUUCUCUGGUCUUCACAUCGCUAGUGCUGGCUCUGCGGCUCAAGCCGCUUCCAGUGUACCUCAGAAUGCUGGAGCUGGUAUCAUCAAUGUCGGAGCUUAG